AUGGCCGACACUGCGGUGGAAGACCCCUUGGCGAAUAGAGGGCCGGAGCUGAGCGGCACCACGACGGCGCUGCUCGUUCUCGCGACGGUGUUUGUUGGCCUGCGGUUCUGGGCGCGAUGGACGGUUGGCUUCCACUACGGCCUCGAUGACUGGUUCAUGGUCGUUGGACUGAUCGUCACCUUCAUGGCGGGUGCUCUCAACUAUGCCAUGAUUGCACAAGGUCUCGGGCGCCAUGCCUCGACUCUCUCUAUGGACCAGCAGGUGCAGUUCCUCAAGCUGCUUCUGGCCUUUGAGUGCGUCUAUGUUACGGCGGUCAUGUUCAUCAAGAUCUCCCUGCUCCUGAUGUACCGUCGUAUCUUCCCGUCUCGCGGCUUCAAGAUCUCGGCCAUGGUUCUCGGCUUCCUCACCAUCGGCUGGUGGAUCUCGAUCGUCCUGGUCUGCGUGUUCCAGUGCACGCCCGUGGCGAAGGCGUACAUGCCGUGGAUCGACGGCACCUGUAUCGACCUCAAGGCGUCCUUUAUCGGAAACGCCAUCCCCAACAUCCUGACGGACGUCGCCAUUCUUUGCCUACCUAUCAAGGAGGUAUGGAGGCUGCAGGUUACCAUGGUGCAGCGCAUCUCGCUGUGCUUCAUGUUCCUGCUGGGUGGAUUCGUCCUGUUCGCCAGUAUCUACCGCUUCACGACGAUUAUGCAGUUCCAGUUGACGGACACGACAUGGACCCUUGCUACCGCCUGCACGUGGUGCGUCGUCGAGUGCGCCUGCGGUGUCAUCAGCGCGUGCCUGCCUACCCUUCGUCCGCUCAUGGUCAAGGUUUCAUCGCAAUUCGGCAGCAUCGCAACCAAGUACAACCUUUCCGGAGGCCAGAGCGGUGGCCGCAGCGGCGGCCGCGCGACCAAGAUGGGCAGCCGCGGGCCCACGGAACUCAUGACAAUUGGAGGAACCGGCGGCAAGUCGGCCGACAGAGGAUUCAAGCGUCUCGGCACCGAGGACCGCAAAUACGGCGUAACAACGAGCGUCACGGGGCGAUCUGAACGAGGUGGUAAGGGCCUACCCGACUCUGGCUCCGACGACGACCUGUCACUCAAGGGCGGCAUCCGCAUCAAGGUUGACCAAGAGGUCCGAUGGGGCGAGGAACAGUCGAAGUACAAUGAGUCAAAAUACCAGCCUUCCUCGAGAAGCGCCUCGUCCUCGGGUCUUGGCUCUCGACCGUAG